AAAAAAAAACCUUCUCUCUCUCUCUUUCAACUGUGUAUUGACGAGACAACGCUUUCAAAACGCUUCAUAAACUUCAAAAACUAAGCGUCCCUUCCUCUUCUCAAUCAAACCCAAACAAAAACCCUAACUUUCUCUCUCCUCUCUCUUCUCUCACUCUCUCUCCGUGUUUUCUCUUCAAAUUAUCCAGAAUUGGAUUCAAAUUUCCUUCAACACGAUUAACACAGAUCGCGUUCGUUCUUGUUCAGACUUCACAAUUCGCGCGCGCACUUCAUGAAUGGAAGACAAAGACAGAGCAGCCUCCGAUCCAGCUGAGUUCGCCGGCGACACGAGUUGGACACUCGCCACCGAUGACUCCGACGGUGCGUACCUGUUCCCCGGCGACCGGGAGCGGAGCAUACUCAGGGAAUUCGGGUGGAACCUCGAACCGGACCAGCCAAACCGGAUCGGCACCGACGACGGAUCGUGGAGGCCGGUUCAGUCCUCUCUGACCGGUUCGAUCGAACCGGCCGCCGCCAUGUCGUCUAGGUCGAAUAACCAAUCGGUGUCGUCCAGCUCCAGCGAGGACCCGCCGGAGAAAUCCACCGUCUCCGACGAGAAACCGCCUGAGAUACCGAGUAAAGGUAAAAAGAAGGGGCAAAAGCGAAUACGGCAGCCACGGUUUGCAUUUAUGACCAAGACUGAAGUUGAUCAUCUUGAGGAUGGCUACAGAUGGCGGAAGUAUGGUCAGAAGGCAGUUAAAAAUAGUCCUUUCCCUAGGAGCUACUACCGGUGCACAAACAGCAAAUGCACGGUGAAGAAGAGGGUUGAACGGUCUUCCGAGGACCCAACAAUUGUGAUUACCACAUAUGAAGGGCAACACUGUCAUCACACAGUUGGAUUUCCUCGAGGGGGAAUCAUUAGUCAUGAAGCUGCAUUUGCGGGCCAGUUGGCUCCAACAAUGUCACAGUUUUAUUAUCCGAUUCAAUUACCCAGCAGAGAGAAUGAUGAUAAUAAUAAUAAUACUUUGAGCACUAUUUCUCAGCCAUGCCAAGCACAGGAUGAAACUGGAGAAGGAUCAAGUGUUAUGAUGCCAGCUGAUGGAUCGUCACCGUCACAGCCUCCCACGGAUGAAGGGUUGCUUGGAGAUAUUGUUCCCCCGGGAAUGCGCAUCAGAUGAGAGAAUUAUUUGAUGCUGAUGAUCAUGUGGAAGUGGAGCAGCGAAAAUGCAUGGGCAUGCAUGCAUCUUUGUUUUCUGCAUACUCUGAGCGAGUAACCCCCAAGUGGCAGCAUUUUUUUUUUUUAGCAGCAAGUCCCUUUUAGCCAUCUAUUGUCUCGAGAAGCGAAUCUAGUAUUCAUGCAUGGGUACCAUACUACUUGGUAGCAGGUAAUUAUCUACCUUGACCUUGAGCAGUUGAGCUAAGUGUUAUAUAUAUCAUUCAUUUAGUGAUAUAUAGUUAUAUAUUAUGUAUGUAUGUAUGUAUAUAGUUUAUAUUAUUUUAUAAGCGAUAGCCACCGUGCAUAAUUAAUGUAUAUUUAACGCGGUUUAGAUUUGCCAAAUUCUCCUUAAGACUGUACAAUUUGUAUCAAACCUAAACUCCUAGAACACUUUCAUGCAUGUUCAUUAUUUAUAAUCUAUGUAGAAAUACAUAACUUUUGUUUUAUUUUA